AUCCGUCCACCAUCGAAUAUUCCUUCGCCUCCCAUCGCGAUUCCUCUGCUAAGCAUCGCCUCCGGUCGCUGUUCUGGACGGCUGUGCCCUCGAUCCCUGAUUCCCCGCCAUGCCCGCGUUGUUCGUUCCCUGAUUCCCCGCCCGUGCUUGCGCCCCCACCCGCCGCCUUCUCCGCGCCCCCACCCCCUCCCCGGGCAAACCGUCUUGGGCCCAUGGAUAUUUCCCCGCCGCCACCACCGCCGAAACAACCGCACAGCACAGCGCCCCAACCGCAACCGCCAGCUCCGCUCGCCAUCUUCUCCUCUGCCCUCCCUCACCAGAUCCGGCUUCCCCGAGGUCGGGGGCGGUCCAGUGGACGCCACCGCCGCCUCCUCUUCCACCACCACCAACCCCGACGACCCUCACAGCUCGCCUGGAUGACGACGGCGGCCACAACGUCCGUGACGGCAGCGGCCCCCUUCACUCUCCUGGCGGGCGCGGACCUGGGCCUCCGCAGCUGCGGCUGCCUCCCCACCGCUGUGCGGUUCCAGCGCUGGGCGCUCACCACCACCGCGCUCCUCAGGGAUGUCGAGCUCCGUCCCAAGGAGCAGGGCCAGCCCGAGACGAUCGACUACCGCGUGUUCCGCCAUCCAUUCGCCCCCAAUCCUUCAUCCCUAGCGGCCGGGCACAGGAGGGAGUUCAGAGCCCAGGGGCUACAGUGGAAUGUCGGAACAAGCGCGGCCUAUGGGCACAACAGGUACGGGCCGAUGGCUCAUAGAGAUCUGCAUGGAGGUGCGAGUUCUCUGGCUGAGCUCAUCACGGGUGUUUUUGUGAGCGCACCGCGGCGGGGUGUGGUGCAGGGAUGGAGAGAUCUUCGUGUCGGUGGAGCCGGCGACGCCGAGGCAGCUGCGGGGAGGGGACGUCACGGUGGUGACAGUGAUGGCGAGGGACUUGCCGGGGCAGAGGCAGCAGCUUAGCCCCAGGCUGCUCGACCUCCACGCAUUCAACACCGAGCUAAUCCCCGAUUUUCAAGUACUAGGGAUGUAUGAUGGUGCCCAAAAGUUUGGCUAUGGAGGAGGUUUUGAUGAUUCAGAUCUGAGCUUCGCGGCAAAUAACCAGAUGAGCAAGUCCACCGUUUUCGCUGAAAGUAAACUACCUGAAGACCUUCCCUGAGAAAGUGAAGGCAGCGCCUGUUGCUAAAAUCAAAGUGGUGGUGCGCAAAAGACCACUUAACAAAAAAGAAAUAUCAAAGAAAGAAGAAGAUAUCAUAGACAUUGAAUAAAGAUCAAACUCUCUGACUGUCCAUGAGACUAAACUUAAGCACAUCAUUCCGCAGGUCGAACUUACUGAAUAUGUUGAAAAGCAUGAGCUUGUAUCUGAUACUGUGUUAGACGAAGAUGUUCCAAAUGAUGAGGUUUAUCGUGAAACAAUAGAACCUGUGGUUCUUGCAAUUUUUAAUCGAACAAAGGCAGCUUGUUUUGUUUAUGGACAAACUGGUAUACAUCCGAUCUUCUCUAGAUACAUUGUAUAUCUGCAGCAUACUUGAUAUCAUUUCAACUAAUAUUCUCACUCAGGUAGUGGAAAGACGUACACCAUGCGGCCCCUUCCUCUUAAGGCAGUACUGUUUUCUAUGUUAGCAUAAUAUUUUUGAUCACAUAAUUCGUAUAGAUUUAUUGCAUCCAAAGGUGGUAAAAGGAAUCAGUGGUCAAUUUUGAUUCAUCUGACAGCACAUUGCUUUGUUUCAAAAACAAAUUUUGGUACUCACAGUGAUAGUGUUCAACCUUUAAUCAUAAACCAUUGUUUAGAAGGUAAUGACAUUUAAUAUAAAGAUUCUGUAGUUUUCCUCGAACUAGAAUUUUAGUGUGGAGAUUGUUGUUUCAACACUUCUCUUGAUCCCAAAACUUAAUUCUCAUGUGUUACAGGAGCUAAAAUAUCACCUUGAUUGAUCAAUACACAUAGCGUCAUCAUCGCUAUGACUUUCCUUCUUCAUCACAAAGCCGUCAAGUCUGAACCUUGAAGCAUGUGCCAAGACAUCAAGGAACUACAAAUAUUUUAAAAAAGAGCACCCAGAGAGGAUGUACUAUGCUGUGUCUCAAACCCAGGUCAGCUCAGGAGAUCGUGUUCGUCUGACCGUUGGAACCGUGAGAGGCUUUGCAAGGAACUGCAAAUAUUGCAGGCAGGCAGGCACACGCACACCCUGAACCUGCUCCUUCCAUCGUGUACACCUACGACAAUUUCAAAGCUCUGAAAGCAAGUUGCAGUUUGCAUUGGCACUCCGGCUACAUCAGGAGGAGAUUAAGAAACGCAACCUCCGAGGUCAGACGAUACGGUCGACGUCGGGGAUGCGCGUCGCGCGCCGGCGGCAGAGUCCGUCGCUGUGCCGCUCGUAAGAUGCGGCUUGCAGGAAUGGACAACAGCUACGAGCACAGGCUACAAAUCACUAUCCUACACGGUGCAAGAUUGCAAGAUACAGCUUCUGUAGAAUACAGAAUACUCGCUGUAUUGUAUUGGUCGUAUGAUCGUAGCUGAUGCAGACAGACCACCUAAUCAUCUGGGAUGUAUCUGGACGGUCAAGAGAGAUCUUGGUUGAUUGUCCUGGUCAGAGCUCACGGAGUCUUGUUUCUCUAAAUGGAAAAUGAAUACGAAAGAUUAAGGUCGGUGUCAGUGCAAUCAGAUGUACUUUCCUGCGAAUUGAUCGGUACUACCACAAUUGUUCUGUACUUUCCUGUUGAGAAAGUACACCUUUUGUAGUUACCUAACCAGUAAAAUGGUGCUUUGACUGAUGCAGACAAAGGAGCAUGUAGAAAUUUCAGUUAGACAGGAGAAUGAAAUAUGAGGGUUGUCAGUGUCAGCAAAACUUUUCCUGUCGACAUACCGACAAUUAAACAAGACGGAGACUGAGAGAGCUAGUUCACCUAACCAGUUGAAGAAAUGAUCUGGUGAGAAGUUCAUGUCAGGGCGACUCCAAACCGGCACUUUUGAGCCUUGCGUCAGUAUAUGAUUCAAAUAUGUCGCUGUAAUGCCGUGUAGGCCUAUGAGCGGUUAGACUGGCCAUCCACUUCCUGCAACUGCUGAAUUAUAGUAUUAUGUCAAUACGCAUCAUUGAUGCUGUCAUCACCUUGGGCCAAGCUACUAGAAAUUGCUAAGCAGGAACACUUGGAACGUAAACAAAUAGACGCAAAUUGUUCAAACAUUUGAUAUCUUGGAACAACUAUAGAACAUAGCAAGAGAAUUCUGAAGCAGCUAUCAAAAGAUUUGUCUGAUUUUUGUGUUGCAAUUUGAACAUAUGUACACAAGAUGUCAAGAUAAUGAGAUGGGUAGUUCAAGCAAUGUACACAUCUUCUGUUAAUACAUACCUGAUAUAGACUACCUUUGCGCAUUGGUUCAUUGACGCUAAAGCAGUCAAAUUCUUCAGAGGCCAAUUUUUCCACUGAUGAGACAAAACGAGAAGAAUGGAAUCUUUGCCUCCACUGAAGGGAGAAGAUACCUGCCAUCAGUUUGUUUAGUCCCAACUAGUGCAAUACACACAUAGUACAUGUCUUCUGUGCUUGAACUCUUCUGCCGAGUUGCUUGAAUUCAAGUGAUUUCCCUUAGUGACCCUACAAGUGCAGUACUACUAAAGACAGCUUUUAGGGACUCCUGUUGUCAAUCUGGUCAAGUGUUUCAUCAGGAGAAGGGAGGUUGAGCUGAGAGGGUUCAUGGAGAUGGAGGGCAGGGGCUUCUCCGACUUGUUCAGGAACACCAGCGAGGAGAUCUUCCUGAACGCGAUGAUGGAGAACUCGAUGGGCGUGGCGGCAGCGCCGAGUAUGGAGAUGUUGGGGUUCAGGAACAUGUCACAGAGUUUCAGAGAAGACAGCGAGGAAUUGUUCAACAGCUGGCUGAUGAAUGGAGAGAUCCCAGGAUUUGGUUCAGUGAACAAUCGCCCUCGACAACCAUCUAGGUUGUCAUCAGAAGCUGCUGGCCUUCCGAAUCAACAGCAUGACAUCAGUCAACAAAAUUUUGUCACUGACAACUUGAUUCCGCAGAAUUCAGCAAUACCUUCUGUUGAAUAUCCGAAUAACCACAACCAGCAAUCACUCAAAAAUGCAGCAGAGAAAGGAAUGCAAGCCAGUGAUCUACUUCUAGCAAAAGCCUGGUUCCACAGCACUCAACCAAUGACAAGAAGUCGCUCGUCAGAGCUAAGGAGGAGGUAUGCUGCCAUGCAAACUCAUAUGGCACCUAUAACUACAGGAAGCAUUGAAGCAAAUGACCAAUUAAAACAAGAUUUUACGAACACAACAAACAGCACGCCAAUGAGCAACACACCUGUUCAGACUCCGAAAUUUGUAUCUCCUUCAAGCUCAUCAACAUCCCCUCUGGAUAAUCCACAUAUGGUAGCACAAGAUACUGUUACCUCAGUGGUGAGCAUGCUCAAGGAUACGCUCGAGCGCAAGAAGCUUGCUAGCCAUUGUAACAAAGACGCCUCAGUAGGCAAUUCUUUUGGAUUUUAUGACACUCAGCAGUUCCAACAGAACAUUCUUGGAGGAGCGAAUAUCUUUCCCCUAGUGACAACUGCCCAAGUUCAGGAUUCCCUGAUGCUUCCCCAAGUCGAGAGGCCCAUGGAACCAAAUAAUGGUAACUUUGUUGCUCCUGCGAACCAAAUUUGGCUCGGUGCAGCAUCUCGAGAGCCUUCCCACAGCGGGUCAUCUACUGCAAUGACUGCUCAUUCAGCUGGAUUUGAAGUGUGUGAUGAGCUGCCUCCUAUGGGGCAAGCAAUGUCUGUUUGUGAGAGCACUAGACAAAAUGCUGCAAAUGGGACAGCUGACUGCAGAUCAAAAGGCAAAGAAUACAGGGAGAGGGUACUAAAAGAUAAUUUGAAGGAUGACAGCAAGAAAGGUGCCCUAACUCGAAUGGGAUCCAUUUCAUCAGAACAAGCAGCUGAUGAAGGAGAUCCUACGAAGAAGCGCAGGGUUGAGCGCUCACGCAAAAUGGCAGAAGCGAAGGAAAGAAGUUCCACACCAGUAAUACCAUCCGACAUGCAAGCUGUACUUAAGCGCUGCGAAAAUCUGGAGAAGGAGGUCCGGUCACUAAAGCUUAACCUGUCUUUCAUGAACAGGAAAGAUUCAGAACAGACCAAACAGAUCGAGGAGCUUCAGAAGCAGAACGAGGACUUGACCGAAGAGAAGGAGCGGCUGCUAGAAGAGAUCGAACGAAUUGUCUCCGACACGAACACAUGAUCACCUGACGAACGCUUACUCAUUUCUCUGUACUAAUGGCAGUAGACUCGAAAGAGUCCUAGAUACAUAUGCACACACAAUCCAGAAGGGCAGCAGAAUUGCAGUGCUGGCCUGAAUGUACCAUUCUUUCCAUGCUACGGAGUACUAUCUCAAGUUUAACAUAUACCAGCACCCC